CCGGGUCACAAUGUGGGGGCGGCGGCACCGAGCGCGGGGCGGCCAUGGGGGGGGGCGGCCCGGCAGCUGCCGAAUGCCGGCCCGAUCCCCGGGCCUAGCCCCACCUCCAGCGCCACCGCCACCGCGGCAACAACAGCAGCAUGUGCUACCCUGAAGACGACGCAGCCGAGGCCGCCUUGUUGCAGGAGCAGAAUGACGAAAAGUCGCAGAGCUGUUUAUCGUUUACUUGCAUGUGGAUUAUGACCGUUCUCUUCAUCUUUCUGGUGAUCAUCACUUUUCCAAUCUCAGCAUGGUUCGUCCUGAAGAAGGUGCCGAACAAAGAGCGAUUUGUUGUCUUCCGUUUGGGAAGAAUUAUUGGCAGCAAAGGCCCUGGAGUCAUCCUCUUGCUGCCUUUCAUUGAUCAGUGGCAGGUAGUUGAUAUCCGCUCCAAGAUUUUCACCGUUGCACUGUUUGAGGCAUCUUGUAAAGACAGAGCUCAGAUCAUUGUCGGUGCUGAGGUCAGCUGCCACGUCUCGGACCCAGAAGUUUUUGUGACAGCUGUGGAAGAUAUUUGGCAUGCGUUGGAACGCACGGCCAAGUCUGUGAUGAUAAAUCUCCUGCUCAAGAAAUCUCUGGCCAAAAUCAAGAAGAAUAAGAGUAAAUUUGAACAGCGAUUAUCAUCGGGGAUCAACCAGAAGACCAAAUCAUGGGGUGUGCGAGUGGACCGGGUGACUAUGGUCAUUCACAGCGAGGAUCUUCACCUGUCCAGUGCUACAACCAGCAGUCGAGUUCACCAUGACGCACGCAGUAGUAGCUCCUCAGUGACAUCACUUCAGCAACCCUCCACGCCUUCAACUGACUCUGAAGAGAUGGGCAAAGGGGCAGGAUAUGAGGAUACUGAGGAUGACAGGUUCAGUCCAGACUGGGUGCUCACCAAGGUGCAGAGUCUCCUCACCGAAGAUCUGGUGAAGCAGAUUGGAGCCGUCUACCUGUUCGUUGUCAGCCUGAAGGAUGGAAAUCGGAAUCUGUAUCACUUGGAUCUCACUAGAGAUUCGGGCUACGCGGGCUACGGGCUGCCCAAGAUAGAACCCGACGUGACGAUGGAAGUCACGGAGAAGACCAUGCGGGCGCUGCUGACGGGAUCGACAAGGCCUUUCUCCGCCUACAUGAGCGGCAAAAUCCGCCUGCAGGGCGAUCUGAAGACCGCCAUGAAGCUGGAGGACCUGAUCAAGCUGUUGCCGCCGUGACGCAGCCCGCCCUGACAGCCUCCCCGCUCCUGAGGUGACCUAUUAUCAUUUUGAAAUUUGUGGAGUAUUGCUGUGCCUUCUUUGGUGGCGUGACUUCAGCGGUAUAGCAGCAGAACGCCUCAGCACCAGGCAGCGCAAGGGCACUACGGAAAUGCAGACUUUCAAGCCAGACUUGGGGAAAGUCGCUGGGACUAAUACAACCGGUGGCCUCCACACUGGAAAAAUGUCAAACAGAAAUUGCAAUUGGUCUGAGCACGAGCCUGUGUGAAGGAGCGGAGUUUUGUACUAGUAUAAAACGUAAUCACGACUGAGGAGAAAUUUAAAUGUAUCUAGAUUUAUCCUCGAUGGGUUGAUGCCUGUUACAAAAUGAUUGUACCUCAAAAUAAAUUCUUAUUGUUUUUUGUA